CAAAGGGCAGGAACAUUUCCAUGUCUUACAUCACACCAGAGCCAAUUGCGGUGUCCAUGGAUACCAGUCCAGAGACAACUCCUCUAGCAGACACUCCCUUGGCUCCCAGAAAUGUCACAAAUAAUGGCUCUACCUCUUCAGCAGCUGUUGGGGAUAGCAAGCCUGCACUUGCAGAACAAAUACAUGAGCCUGCAUCUUCAACCUUGAAUCCUACAUCUGUUUCUACGUCCACCUCUACCUCUAUAUCUGUAGUAUAUAAUACUUCUUCCACAUCACUACCAAACUUACAAAUCCGGGAAUCAUCAUCGACACCCACAAAUGUAAUUAAUGUUGGUGCUAGUAGUGCCGACCCUGAAAGUAGCACUACAGCAUCCCACCCUAGACAUGAUAUCAACUCAACUAGCGCGUUGGAUAGAGGCCCACUCGGUUUAACACCUGAUGAGGAACAAUGGGUUAAAGAAAAGAUGGAAUAUGCGCUAUACGACCUUCAGGCACUAGCAUUGGCAAUCAAACGUUAUAGAUGGCAAUUGACGCAGGUACCAAAGGAUAUCACUCGGUUGGAGAGCUUAAAGGAGAGGUAUAUGGGAGCCCCAUUCGAUUUUUUGAAAUUACUUAAGAACAAGGAGUUCCGCUAUCCUGAGGGGCAAAAGACCUUACCGGCACCGUCAAUAGAAUGGACAAAAUAUCAAUUUCCUCCAGCAAAACCUGUUUCACCAUCAAAGCCUCCAAGAGCAACUUAUCUGAGCCCUUUAUCAUAUGAAUCAAAUCCUGAUAGAGAUAACAGCAGGACACUGUCAAUAGGACGGACUAAUAUCCGUUCCAAAGCGGAAUCACCAUCUCAGGAACGUAUUCAAGUUGUAAAAGAGACUGCAAAAAACCUCGGUAUCAACGUCAUCCGCCCUUACCAACCACAGCAAUACAACUAUCAUGACUCGAGUCAGGAUCGAAUAGAUAUCAAUGGCGGAACAGGAGACACGGAUGGCGUACUAUCGUCGAAGCAAACUUCACACGAAGCAAGGCAACUUGGCUAUGGUCAUGGUCAAUUUCCGGGAGCUCAUGAUAUGGAGGGAAUGGGUCACUCUGAUUUGAGUCAAUCAAAUAAUACUUCCUUAGGUCAUCGUUCAGAAGGCGCACUUGUGACACCAUCUGCUACAUACAGUACGAUACAGCUUCCUCAACCUCAUCAUCAGCACCAUUUACAUCAAUCUGUUUGUCCCCAAACACCUGUUGCUGGACCCUCGAAUCAAACCAUUGAUCAUAAUCCAGGAGUUCGCACGAUCCCUCGACCGAUUCAACCUAAAGACUUUGGGGCAAACGCCAAUAUCACUUAUAAUCAUAUGAGUGGAAGUGUCGAUGUUCAUUCAGGGAACACUACAAUCGCCACCAAACCGAGGGGGGCGUCACGGGAAGGUAGUGCUCGCGAAGAGACGCCGAAACCACCUUUGUAUAAUAUCCCGUGGAGUGACGAGGAGCAGCAGCAGCUGGAGCGGUUAUUGGAAAUCUAUCCGGAUGAACCUGUGGCGGCCCAACGUUUCCAAAAGAUUUCAGCAGCCAUGGGAACUAGAACACCAAAACAGGUCGCAAGUCGUGUUCAAAAAUACUUUAUCAAGCUUGUCAAGGCUGGGUUGGAGGCGCCAGGGCGAAUGAAUUUCUCGCUCGAGACAAAGUCAAAAGCUAAGCAAGCAGGGGUAUCCUCAGCCGCCAAAGGGAAAAAACGAAAAGAUGUUCAGGAUGAAGGCAACGAAGCUAGUCGUAACAAGCCUACACGUCCAAAAAAGAAAGACGCGGAUGCGGGGGGAGCUACAGCAACAGGAUUUGGAUUAGGAUUAGCACCAGCAUCAGGCUCAGGCUCAGGCUCAGGGUCAGGGUCAGGGUCAGGCGCAGCGCCGAAAAAGAAAAAGAAGGCCAAGUCACUACUAGGAUCUGGAUUCGGGCGGACAUCUGGCACGCAGUAUCUGACUUACAAUCCUGCACCGACUGUGUAUAUGAGCGAAGGUGAUGAUGACGAAGAUAUACAGGACAUGCUCGGUGUUGCCAGUAGCAAUAAUGCUCUUUUACAUAGAAGCAGUUCACUGCAAGGUAGUCCCGAUGGUGGAGUGGCUAGUCACUUGGGAUACUCUUGUGAUUCGUGUGGAGUGGAGCCAAUCCUUGGGAUUCGAUAUUCAUGUAUAGACUGUGAGGAGCUUGGAGGAACUGAUCUGUGCGGACCAUGCUACAACUCUGGCACUUAUCAGAACAAAAUGCACCUGUUGUCCCAUCGAUUUCAGCCUAUUGAUUCUUCAGAGCCACCAGCUUACAAUAACAACUAUGCAUCUUCGAGUGCCUCAGGAUCUGGAAUUGCCAUCAGCUCCUGACUUUUGUACAGUUGGUUAGCGAACGAAACAAAAUAAUCAAAAAUAAACUAGAGACUGUGGCUUUGCCACGAUUGGCUCUUGCCUUGCUAGAAAAUCUGAUGCUUUGCCUGAGUCUCGUUCAAGAACGGAUACGUAACUCUGGUUGAAAGAAAGCAGUUGACUAUAUUUUGUACAGUGAUGGGGACAGUCGUUACAUACUCUACGGAAUGCCUGUUGCAUAAAAGAUUAAAGAAAAUACCUAUG